AUGAAGCCUACUUUAUCCUUGCCAAACACCGCUAGAAGCUUUAUUACAGAAAUUCCAGAAGCUGCAAAGUCAUUAAAUUUAUCUCCUAAUAAAGAAUCAAGAAAUCGCUCAUUAAUGAAACUGAAACCCUUUAUCUCUUCCACCCAAAGAUGACUAAAACAGCGCUCUCAAUCUCAGCAUGACCUUGCUGCCAGAGAAAACCCAGACACCCAAAAAAUCCACCGUAAAAAAAGUGUUUUGGACUCUAAUUCUCUUCAAUUAUUAUUCCAAUUCAAUUAUGGACUUAAUACAAUAACUGACAGCAAGCUAGGACCUGGACAUUAUUAUUACGAUUUAAACACUUUUGAUGGGCCUUCAUUUCAUUUUUCCACUGUUUCUAGAUUCCCACAAAAAGGCUUAACAUCCAUAACUCAAAAGUUGGACCAGAGCAAGAGACAAGAAAUUUAUAGUGAAAAUAAAGACAUGAAAAAAUAUUUACCUACGGUCCGCCUGAAUUAUUUAAAAGAAAAAGCAAAAUCUGAGUCUGAAAAAAUCUUGAAAAUUAAAGAGAAAAAACAAAUGAUUUAUACGAAAAAUAAGAUGGAAAAAAUUUUUAAAUUACAGAUGAAAGAAAGGAGAGCGGAAAUAAAGAUGAGAAAAUAUGAAGUUUUAGAGAUUAGCAAAGCUUGGGCAACAGUUUUCGCAAUUUUUGGGGCUGUUAAUUGAGUUCAUCGUACAGUAUUUGCAAAAAAAAGAUUACAUUGGAGAUCUAAUAAAGUGCUUAUCUGGCUUUUAAAUUUAUGUUUACUCCACUCAUGAAGGAAAAAAAAAUUAUUCGCUCAGGAGGGGGUUAUUUAUUUUUUUAUAUGCAAAAUUUUAUAAAAAAAUCCAAUUUGUAAAAUUGAGAGUAAAAAAUUUAAUUUGCAAAAUUUAUAUUUAAAAUGCAAGCUAUUUAAAAUUAAAACAUAAUUAGCUAGAGAUUUCGUUAUAAUAAUUAUCACUUAUAUAUCAAAUUUUUAUAUCCAAAAAAAAAAUUGUUCGCUCACGGAGGGUGGUUUUUGGGCAAAAAUAGGUUCUUCCAAUAGUUUUUUUCGCUUACAGAGGGAGUAGUUAGCAUUUGGAAAAUUCAAAAGAAUAUUGAGGAGGGUCAGAAUUAAAAAAUCCUUACAAAUUCUCCAGAAAUUAUCAAAAAAAGCCAAAAAAUGAGCCACAGACAUAAGAAAAAAAUGAGCAAUAAUGGCUGUUGACGUAUGCGAAAGAGUCCUCGCAGAAGAACAAAUGUUUAAAAUGAUGAAAUCCUUCACCGAUAAAAUCAUUUUUAUCCAACGAACAAUGCGAGUUAUUUUUAUAAGACGAAAAAGCGCUUUAGCUAUAAAAAGGCUGCUUUGAAAUAAAGUUGAAUAUAAAAUGUACAUCGAGCAUUGCGUCAGAAAUCACACUCUUCCUGUAUCAGAACUAGAAAAGCCAAUAAGUUUUGCAGCUAUAGAAGGAAAAUCCUCAAUACCUGACUCAAUAAAAGAUAUCACUAUAAUGAAUAUUUUGAAAAAAAGAAUGGGCGAGUAUAGAGAAAACUUAAAAAAAUAUAAAGAAGACUGCAUUCGAACUCGGCAGGGAUUUGCAAAAAAACUAUAUAAGCUUGAAGCAAAAGCAGCAUUAAGCCACAUAAAUUAUAAAGAAAUGAAUUUGCCGAAUAGACCUCAGCCAAAUUAUGUGAUAACCGAGAACGAAUUCAGGAAUCUUAUUAAUGACACAAUAAAAAAACGGAAAGAAUGAGAAGCGUUGAUAAUGAGAAGGAGGCGGACACAAAAGUUUAUGAUUUUUAUAAGUAUUUUCCACAUUUUAUUCAAUUUUAAAUACUAUUUCUUAUAAAUAUAUUGAAAUGGCUAUUUAAUAGCAAGCUUUUAAUCAUCUCCUACACUAUAAUACUUCAAAAAGUCAUAAUUCCCGAUAA